AAGAUUAUUUGAAAUGCACCCGUUUCUUCCUAUUCGUUCACUCUUCAAGUUGUUUUACAUUACAUCUGCUUUCUGCACUCUAUUCAGACCCGAUGUUUUCCGGUUCAAUCAUGAUGAUGUAGUUUGUGAGGGAGAUCACUAUUUAUUUAACUGUGAACUCAGUGAAUAUUUAGCUGAUGGAGUAUUGGGGAUUUACAAGCUGGAAAAUGAAUUUAUCCCUGCUAAUUUGAGUGCCCGAGAGAAAGAGGUGGCAGAAAUUUUCAAAAAGGAUCCCUAUCCCAAUUUGGUCAUAUGGUCUCUAAGAGAGAUUUUCGAAGAACACGGAGUUCAUAAAUGGAAUCAAACUUACGAUCGAGAUCACAAAACAUUUAAAUAUAGAUAUGGACCAUUGACUCAAAAUGAUUCUGGACUUUAUUAUUGUCGUUUUAUUAUUCCUGGUGAAUAUUCGACUUUAAUGUCGACUUACAUGAAACUUGAAGUUAAUAUGAAGUGUCCUAAACCAUUAAUCAACUGGAUUGUUCGAUUACUCCCAUAUUUCCUAUUGUUCGUCUUUAUCUCAUUGAUUCUUCAACUGGUUUGGCUAUGGAGACGAAAAUCUGAAGUUAUUACAUAUAAGUUGAUAAGUAUUGGACGUUCUAUAGAGUACUAUGAGUUUACUGCAGGUGAUGCACAAGUAUCAAAUAACAAUAAUUCGGAUAAUAAUUCAUUUGAAAAUACUACAAGUUUAAUGUUAGACCCGAUUAAUAAACCUGUGAUUAAUAUAAAGACUAUUGUCACCCGUCGUCCACCGAAAUUUAUAAAUAAAAUUAAAGAACGAUGUACUACUAAUCGUUAUGUAACUUCAAGUCAACAACAAUUUUAUAAUAGGUUCACACAUGAAGAAGAUAUACAACGUUUAAAAGAAUUAGAUAAACUAUUCUUAUCCAAUUAUCAACUCGAAAAAGAUGAACAUUAUGAGUUCUCACGUAAAAAUCUUCAAUUAACAUGUCGAUUAGGUUCAGGUGCUUUUGGUAUUGUUUAUAGAGGUGUUGCAGAAAAUCUACCAAAUUGUGUUAACCCUAAUGAGAAAAUUGAUGUUGCUGUUAAAACUUUAAAAGAUGAUUUCACAGAAGAACAUGUGUCUGAAUUCUUGAUGGAAGUGAAUAUUAUGAAACAGUUGCGUCAUAAGCAUAUCAUUGAAUUUUAUGGAGUUUGUACGGAAAAUGGCUCACCACUUUUAAUAAUGGAAUAUGCUCCUUACGGGAAUCUCAAAGAGUAUCUACGUCGUCAUCGGGAAAUUUGGUUGAAUUGUGACAAUUUAUCUUUGAAACUCUUAAAUUUUGGAUGUCAGGUUGCUAAUGGUAUGAAAUAUCUGGAAUCAAAGUGUCUUAUUCAUCGUGAUUUAGCUGCUCGUAAUAUUUUGGUUGGUAAACAUUGUCAAUUAAAGAUUGCUGACUUUGGACUUACAAGAUUUGCUGAAAAUUAUUAUCGUAAAGUGAAAAAUGUGAGUAUCCACCAACCAAUGAUCUUAAAUUAAUUGAGAUCAUGAGCCGACUAGUGUUAGACUAUCAUUGAGAACCUGGAGGCACUGGACUUCCGUUUCGUACUAGUAUAGGACUCUUCAGCAAUGCACAUCCAUGGUCUCUCGCGCCGCACUCGAACUCAGCACUUUCGGUCUCGCCCACAAAUGCCUAACCUCCAGACCACUGACCUUGCAUCCAUUGGUGUUAAUAUGUAACUUCAACCAAUCCAUGCUAUUGCUCGAUCAUCUUCUAUUGUCUUCGGUGGAUAAAUGCCUCAUAUCCGACAUGGUUGAACUCCACUGGUUAUAACUAAAACUCAACAAUCUCCACAACCCUUAUCGAAGUUGAUAUUAACUUAUACCACCCAUAAUGCUUAACGUUGAUUCAUAUAUACCGGUCAGAAAUACCUCACCUACUUAUAUUGCAUAGGUAGUGAGUUGUUAACUUCAUAAAAUAAUCCCUUAUUUUCUAAUGAAGAUUACAUUUUUUCAACUAUUUCGUGUGACCUAGUAAAUAUUUCUAACCAGACCAAAUUAAAUGUCCAGUACUCAUUUGCUUCCAUUGGUUCUUCAACUGUUGUCACCAUAUAACCGAAAUUCUUGUAGUUUAUAUAACGAACUAGUCUCAAAAAAGCACUGAACAGCUCUUUUGUUCCCUGGUUUUCAGUGAUUGUCCAACUUAGAUCAGUCUCCGAUAUAAGCUCGGAAAAAUCAACAAUCUUGAUAAAGCCCCCUAUACUAAUGAAAUUAUUGUCCUAAUUACUUGUAAUAAACUUCGUUUAGAUUAAUUUACGCGAGUCGGUCACACUACUCGUUAAAAUAGUUUUAAAGUAUUUUUUCAUUCACUCGUUAUCUGUUUUGCAUGUCGGAAUUAACCUGUCAUCAAGGUUAACUGCACACAUAUAAUUUGAAAAAAAUGCUACCUUGUUGUAAUGUGGUCAAAGUUUUGUGCUAGAUAGUUUCAAUGGAAAUGUUUUUUUACUAAGAAAAUUAAAUUUAUAAUUGUGUCGAGGAUAUGCUACUUAUAUCGAUUGGAAUAGGUGAACACAAAUGCUUUUCAUAUAAUGGGAGAGGAGAGAGUUUAGUAAGUUUAUUGUUCAUCUGAUCAAGAUGAUUGCAUGAAUGUUUGUGUACGCGUCAGUGUCAAUUUAUAUAAAUACGAAACGGUUGUUGACAUUAUCAUUCAGCUUUAGCAAUAAGAAUAACUAUCCAGUCAAUCUCAGUCAACUCUUUCUGAGUAGUUGAGUUAGUAAAGAAUUUGAGAGUAUACGUUAAAAACUGAAUUGGGAUAUAGAAUGUAAUAGGUUAUAAUGUAGAAAGUAAAUUAAUUUGUUAUUUCAAAAUUUAACACUUUUUUUGUUUACGAUUUACUUUCAACAGGGUCGUGUUCCUUUAAAGUGGUUAGCUCCGGAAUCUCUAGGUGAUAAAAUCUAUACAAUUAAGUCGGACGUCUGGUCAUUUGGUAUACUAUUGUGGGAGAUAUUCACCCUUGGCUCAUCACCAUAUCCAAAUAUUAAUGUAACAGGAAUUAUACAUUCAAUUCAAUCAGGUGUACGUAAUGAAAAACCAUUAUUAGCAUCAAAUACAAUUUAUCAAAUUAUGUGUAACUGUUGGCAGUUUGAUCCAAAAGAACGAUUAUCAUUUUCAGAAUUAGUGAAUUUAUUAGAAUUACAAAUCAACGAACAUGAUGAUCGUACUGAAAUUAGUGAAACAACGUCAGGAAUAUCAACAUAUCAUCAUGAUGAUAAUCAUAAUAAUUAUAACAGUGAUUUAUUAACAAAUAAUAAUGAUAAAAAUAAUAAAUUAGAUAUGGACAUUAGUAUUACGACUAAUGGAUAUGGUAGUUUUGAUUUCUCUGACGAUGAUCAACAGAGUGAUGAAUAUGUUCAUCAUCCUAUUUUGUCAACAGCAUUUACUUCAGUUUACUGUGAAAUGAGAGCCUAAUAGUUAUAAUGUACACUGUGGGGUUGGAAGUGAAGAAGCAUGAAAUGUAGAAGAAAAUAAGUGUUAUAUAUGUAUACAAUUGUGAUUAUCUGUUAUAGCUACAUUUUUUAAAUGUCAUCAUUCUUGUGUUUAUUAUUAUUAUCAUCAGUGUUUCCGAUCAUUAAAUAAAAGCCAUUUUUCUC